AUGUCUCUAGCUACUACACGGCCGUUCCUCGGACCCGUACUCGAGUCUCCCGGUCGACAGCGCCGGCACACGCUGCCAGCGAGCGAAUUUCGGCCGCUCAAUCCACAGGACGCUAUUAGUGUGUUUGAGAUUGAGAGAGAAGCAUUUAUCUCCGUGUCUGGAGAGUGUCCGCUCCACCUAGACGAAGUCCGUCACUUUCUAACUCUGUGUCCAGAGCUGUCUCUUGGAUGGUUUGAACAGGGCAGGCUCGUUGCCUUCAUCAUCGGCUCACUAUGGGACGAAGAUCGGUUGGACACAGACGCACUUACUCUUCACAAGCCACAUGGCCACACAGUCCACAUUCAUGUGCUGGCCGUCCAUCGGACCUUCCGCCAGCAGGGGAAAGGGCCCAUCCUGAUGUGGCGUUACCAGCAGUAUUUGCGUUGCCUGCCGUAUGUGCGACGCGCCGUACUCAUGUGUGAAGACUUCCUGGUUCCAUUCUACAAGAAGUCUGGUUUCAAAGUGGUAGGACCCUGUGCCAUCACUGUCGCACAGCUUACCUUCAUAGAAAUGCAACAUGCUAUCAGAGGACAUGCCUUUGUGCGGCGUAACAGUCAGUUCUAA